AACCUGGCACAGCGAUGCCGGCGGCAGUGAAAGCAGCCCUGGAGGGGAUCAUCGGGGACGCGGCCGAGCCGGACAGGAUCAUCCCCGAAUGGGACCACCCCGAACGGGAGAGGGGCGUCCCGGCCUGCCUGGCCAAGGUGCCGCGGGACGUGGUGAAGAACUUCCCCCACACCAAGCGCGUGGGGAACUACCUGGUGGGCAAGAUGAUCAACAAGGGCUCCUUUGCCAAAGUGAUGGAGGGACUUCACAUCAGCACGGGGGAGAAGGUGGCCAUCAAGGUGAUCGACAAGAAGAAGGCCCGUCAGGACUCGUACGUGCUGAAGAACAUGAAGCGGGAGCCGCGCGUCCACCAGAUGGUCCGGCACCCCAACGUGGUGCAGCUGCUGGAGACGCUGGAGACGGAGAACUCGUACUACAUGGCGGUGGAGCUGUGCCUGGGCGGGGACCUGAUGGACCGCAUCUGCGACAGGAAGCGCCUGGACGAGCGCGAGGUGCGCCGCUACACCCGCCAGAUCCUGUCCGCCGUGGAGCACCUGCACCGCCACGGCGUCGUGCACAGGGAUCUAAAAAUUGAAAACUUCCUCUUGGAUGAAUAUAACAACAUCAAGAUUGUUGAUUUCGGGCUGAGCAACACCCUGAAGGCGGAGUCCCUGGCGCAGGACCUGCUCAGCACGCAGUGCGGAAGCCCCGCCUACGCGGCGCCCGAGCUGCUGGCGCACAAGAAGUACGGCCCCAAGGUGGACGUGUGGUCCGUGGGGGUGAGCAUGUUUGCCAUGCUAACGGGCACGCUACCCUUCACCGUCGAGCCCUUCAACAUCAAACAGCUGCAUCAGAAAAUGGUCAGCGGUGAAAUCAGCAACAUCCCUGCUGACAUCAGCAAAGCCGCCGUGCAGUUCAUGCUGUCCCUGCUGGAGCCCGACCCGGCCAAGAGGCCCAGCGUGAAGGAGGCCAUGGAGGAGCGAUGGCUGAACGAGGGCUACGCCAAGAAGCCGCUGAAUUCGGUCUCCUACAGAAACAGACUUCAGCCGGAGGAGCUGAACUCGGCCGUGCUGAACUACAUGAGCGAGUCCCUGGGCUACGGCCUCUCUGACGCCGUCCACACCCUGGUGAACAACCGGCCCUCAUCCAUCAUGGCCACCUACUGCCUCCUGGUGAAGAAGCUCGCCCGCAACCAGAAAGGGCUCAAGGCAAUAAAGAAGGUCGGCAGCAGCGAGUGGAAUCUCCCCAGCAAGACGUGGACAGACCGCAAGGAGAAAACACCCCAAAAGGUCCUGCCACAGGAGGCCGCAGCAGAGAAGAGCACGAAGAAGUCCAGCAGGUCGUUGCGAGCCCAGUGUCACGACGACGACGAGGCUCAAGACGACAGAAAAAAAGCCGGCGAAACCGCGAAGGAGAACCUGACGGCCGCCGAGCCCAACGAGACGUCGCUGCCCUCGCCGUCGCGGUCCGCGGACGCCAUUACAGACGACCAGAUCGCCAUCACGCUGGAGAACAAAGAGGGCUUCUUUCCGGAAGUGUCCACGUUCGCGGAGCGGGAAAUCGUCCACCUCUCCCCUCCCAAGACCUCCUGCAGGGAGGCCUCCUGCUCCAAGCUCUGCGAGUCGGCCCCCUGCGACGUCCCGGCCAACGGGGACCCCGGCCAACCGCCGAAACCCCACGAGCCUCGGCCCGCCCUCUCCGAGAACCGCCCGGCGGACGGCGGCAGCCGUCGCCACGCCGACGACAAGCUGGACAAGCUGCAGGCCUUCUACUCGGACAAGGGCGUCUCUCCCAGAAUACACCAGGAGAACAGGGCGCACUGCAGGAGCCCCGCGGGCCAGCAGGAGGCCCGCUUCAAGGACAUCCUGAAGGCCAUGGACGAGAAGGCCCCGGCCCUGACCUGGCGGUGCCCGGAGAAGGACGGCCGCCAUUUUGCCACCAUAGACGCCAUGCAGACCACCUCCUCGCCCUUGCCAAGGCUGAGGCACGCGGCGCCCAAGGAGGGCGUGGCCCGGGGGGUGACGUGGAUGGGGGUGACGCGACACAGCACGGGGGGGUCCCCCUUCCUGGUGAACGGGUCCCGGCCGCCGGCGUUCCCCGCCGCCCGGCAGCAGACCCUGGUGAUCAAGAGCCUGCGCCACUCGAAAGAGAGGGGGCGCGUCGUCGGGGGCAACGGCACGGCCAAGCGCAACUCCGUCCAGCUCAGGGGCUCCCGCCGGGCGGCCGACCUCAACCUGCCGCUCCUGUCCCCCGCCUUCCAGCCCAAAGCCGACCGGAAGCCUGAGCUCUUCCGCAUGGAUUUCGGGUAGAACGGGCGCCAUGGGGCGGGAGCGGAAACCAACGUGGAAUCGCGAGGAGUUUUACAGGAAAGGUUCCUCACGCCUCUUCCACCUCCACCCCAUCUUUACGGUAUGUGUGUUAUGGGGGCAGUUGAGAGGUGGCUUUUGGGGGACAGGCUGUCCCACACCAACAAGAGCAGGGGUGGGCAAUUCCGGUCCUGGAGGGCCGGUGUGUGUGUGCAGCAGGUUUUUUUGUUUCCACCAACUGCCCUGGCCAAAUGAGCUACUUGGCUGUACAGACUGACACUGGUUUACUCGCAGAUUAGAUCACAGCGAAACAUUUCAUAUAGGGACACAAGGAGAGUCACACGGAGAGCUGUCAUUCAUGCACUUAUUAAGAAAUGUAGCU